AUGGCCACCAAAACAAGAGCACAAAGAAGGAAAUCCAAACCAUCAUCUACCCCACCACCAACCAAGAAGAGUACCAAGGUCCCAAGCUCUUCCCCACCACCAGCCAAAAAGAAAUCCACUGACCCAAGCUCUGUACCACCACCAGCCAAACAGAUUCCCUUUGUCCCAAACACUACCCCACUACCAUUGCCUUCCCCAGCCACUGUCAAUGACCUUACCACCAUCACUACCAAACCAGCAACUAAGACAACACCUACCAUACAAAAAUCCAAAAGGCCAGCAAAGCCCGCAUCAGCCGCACCUCCACCCAAGACACAAAAGACCUCCGUUACCACCAAAGCUACACCCCAUCCAAAACCUACUGUUGUACUGACCCCAAGCACCAAGAAAAAUCUGGUCCUUUCAGGUUCCGCUAAGAAAUUUGUUUCUGCUCAAGCCAGAGCAAAAUAUGAGUCCAUUAAGACAAAUAAGUUGCUCCCCGAAAAAGGAUUUUUGCCUACCAUAGUUGAGGUGCUAGCCUUCAUCAGUGACGUUAUUGAGCAACACAAUUGGGAAACUUCCUGUAAAAAACCAAAGCAUGCUAUCAUUCCAUUGGUGCUUGAGUUUUACGCUAACAUGGCAUCCUCUGCAAAUUCUGAAGUGAUUGUUCGAGGCAAGGUUGUUUCAUUUUCUAGUGAGGCUAUUAACUCAGUAUUUGGGUUGGACAGUUUUGAGUGCGCUGUCUAUAAUGAUAUGGUUUGUAGCAGUAAAGCAGAUUUUGCUGAAGCAUUUUGA